CAACUCCUCACUAAUUUUUAUUACUAACUAAAUUAGUAAUGCGUACAAAACCUAAAUUGUGCAGUAGUCUUCAUCUACGAGACGUGCCAUAACGAAAUCCAUGCGCUAUAUAAACCAUCGCUAUUUCAUCCAUUUCUGCCACCCAACCAGCACUUUCUUCUCUAUCAUUCCCUUCCCUUCAUCUACUCAUAAUUCCAAUCCUAAUUUCCCUGAAAUGGGAAGUCGUCGGAGUUUUCUCCGGUCAUGGUCUUCACCACUUUUCCUGUUCGUCGUAGUUGUUGCACUGGCAGCUUCAUCCGCCGACGGGUCUAGGGCGCCGCGGGUGCCUUGCUACUUCAUAUUUGGGGAUUCUCUUUACGACAGUGGCAACAACAACAACCUCAACACGUCGGCGAAGGUCAACUACUCUCCUUACGGCAUCGAUUUGCCGGCAGGACCCACCGGCAGGUUCUCCAAUGGACAAACCACGGCCGAUGCAAUUGGUGAAAUACUGGGAUUUAAGGAUUUCAUCCCACCUUUUGCAUCUAACCCUGACGACAGACAGAUACUCGUAGGGGUCAACUAUGCUUCUGGGUCGGCCGGAAUUCUUGUCGAGAGUGGAAAACAAGGGGGUGACAACGUGGACCUGAGCCAACAAUUGAGGAACCACGAAUUGACUGUUUCGCGCAUAGUUGAGAUAUUGGGGAGCAAAGUGGCCGCCUUUGAGUACCUAGGGCAAUGCUUGUACAUUUGCGAUUCGGGAAACAACGAUUAUAUCAAUAACUAUAUUCUGCCCCAAUCUACGGCCAUCAGGAAUCAGUACAACCCGGACCAAUUCGCCGCGCUUCUCAUCACGCAGUACUCCGCUCAGAUUAUCCGGUUGUACGAGUUGGGAGCAAGGAAGGUGGCGCUGGCCGGAAUUUCGAACAUCGGAUGCACUCCAAGUUUGAUAGCAACCUUGGGGACUAAUGGCGCCCCCUGUGUUAACUCAGUAAACCAACUAGUGGUUCCAUUCAACACCCGACUAAAAUCGCUUAUCAGCCAGCUCAAGUUGAGUUAUCCCGACGCCAAAUUUGCAUACCUCGAUAGCGUACGGGUCGGCACUCUUGUUGGCGCAGGUAUUAGAUUGAUACGCAUUUAGGAUAAGAGCGACGUCGUGUUGUCAAGUGAGUACAGUAACGGGGCUGUGCCUUCCGAAUACGGUUCCUUGCUCUCAGAGGCCAUCAUACUUGUUCUGGGACGCAUUCCAUCCCACUGAACUCGCGAACCAGCUCGCUGCGCCCCUUUUCUUUCCGGCCAUCCAACGGAUAUUGUAAAAUGUGUGUUUAAAUUAGCAAUAAUUAAGUGGACGGCUGGGUCCAAAUCCACCGGGCAUUGUAUUUUCUAAACAACUUCUGUAUCUUUUGUUUUUUCCCCCUUGUAGCUCAAGAAAAUAAUGUUGUACCACAUGUCUUGAAAGAAUUAAUCAAAAUGCCUAUAGAUUGUAAA